ACGUGAGAGGACUCCGCAUGCGCAGUGCCGCGGCUUCGCCUGCAGCUGCUCGGGCGCUUCUUCCGGCCUCCCCAGUCCCUGAUGAGGUUCAAGCGCCAGGCGUCCCCCUCGACUCCUCAGGCCAAGCGGGACUGACCCUUGACCCCGGAAGUGAACCAGACUUGGACUCUCUUGACCUGUAUUUCUGCAGAGGGGCGCGCAGGGGGUGGGGGUCUUAAGGAUUAAUGCUGCCCCCAACUUCCCCAGGGGACCCCCAGGAAUUUGAGGCGGACGCUCCUCCCCACACACCCCUCGCCUUUAGCACUCCAAUCCCGGGAGAGGCUCCCAUGGCCCGGGGGUGGAGGGUCAACCCCCUGUAGGAAGUCUUGGGGGGUCUGGUCACCAUUGCUGCCUGGGAUCCCCUCUUGGGGGGCAGUCUCCGACCCCAGGGGCAUCCCAGUCCUUGUGUGGCUACCCCUGGGCCCUCCUCGGGGCACCCCCAUGGCGUGAGGGGCAGGGGGGAAGAGAAGCCAGGGAAGGAGUAGCCAGAAGGGGGGGCAAGUCGGGGGGGGCAUCUACAGCAGCCCGCCAGCCCCGCAUGGGUGGCCCGGGCCCGCGGUGAGUCAUUUGCAGGCCAGGAAGGGCUUGUUGGCAGUCCCAGCCAGGACCCAAGAGGGGCAGAAGAGGGUUCCGGUUUGCCCAGCCCUUCUUCCAGACCAUGGGACUCAAGCUGCCUUAAUGAAGGAACCUGGGAGCGCCAGCUGGGCAGUGGUGUUCCCUCUGGAGGGGGACGACGAGGAGGGAGAGGAAGAGGCGGCCCCACCGUGGAUAUGGGGUCACAGGUCCUCCAGAUCUUACGCCAGGGCGUCUGGGCUUCGCUGAGCGGCGGCUGGUUCUUCGACCCGCAUCAGAGCACCUUCUCCAACUGCUUCCACCUCUACACCUGGAUCUUCCUGCUCAUCCUCCCGUUCCUGCUGUACAUGGUGAUGCCCCCCAGUAUUAUGGUAGCGGGAAUAUACUGCACCGUGGUGGCUGUCUUCUUCACGACGGUCAAAACCAUCAACUACCGUCUGCACACCAUGUUCGACCAGGGGGAGAUAGUGGAAAAAAAUUCGGCUCUAGUGGAGGCUGGCAAGGCCGAAGAUAGGGCUGCUGCCGACGAGGACAAUUUGACCAGGGACCCCGGGGGAGUGGAGAUGACCGUGUUCCGCAAAGUUAGUUCCACCCCGCCGGUGAGAUGCAGUUCGCAGCAUUCUGUCUUUGGCUUCAACCAGGUCAUGGACUUGCUUCCCCACCUGGAGGACGGAGGGCCAGUCCGAGACAUCAAGGAGCUUGUGCGAGAUCAGGGAAGCAACAAUGUCAUUGUGACAGCCGCUGACCGAGACAUGCUUCAGAGCUAUUCCCCAGAAAAUCAUGCUGAUCCCCCAGCGGCAUCCGCGGAUGUGGAGGGCCCCAAGGCCAGCCUGCUUCCUGUUUCCAAAGGAGAUCUGCCCGCCAGCCUCAGGAAGCCGCCCCCGCCUCUCCCGGUCCAGACCUCUGUCCAGAGCACCGAUUCCUCGGAGCAGUCUCCCCUGGCCAGGCCAGGGUUACAGGCCCCCCGCUGGACCCCCAGUGAGUCGGAGAGCGUGGGGGACACCCCACUCAGCCCCCUCCUCAAGAGCAGCUUAAGCGAGGAGCUUGGCCACAGCUUCCUGAGCCUGGCCCUGCCGGAGACCAGCAGCCACGGCCGGCGGGAGAAGCACCACUCCGGGGCGGAGUACCAGCCCCUGGGCCCGCAGGCGGAGCGCCCCCUCAAGACCGGCUCGUCCGACAGCUGCUUCAGCGGCACCGAUAAGGAGACCCCCAGCACCUUGAGCAGCUACCGCAGCGAGAAAACCAACUCCACCCACCUGGACAGCCCCUCCUUGGGGCCGGGGCCAGAAGAGGGGGCCCCGGGGGAGGAGGCCGGGCCCCGCUCCUCUCCCCCGGCGGACGGGGGCAGCGACACGGACACGGACGCCCUCUCCGACAGUGAGCUGCUGCGCUCCCCCGAGCUGGCAUUCCUGGGCGAGCUGAGCUUUGACACCCAGAACACCCUCGAUUCCCUGGAGACGGUCAGGGGGGACACCGAGCCGUGGGGCGGCCUCCAGCCGGAGCAAGUGGUUCGGCCAAAGGACCCGGGCCCGAAGGGCCGCCGCCGCCUCUCCCGGAAGCACGGCGGCACCUACCUGCCCAUGCGCACCCUCCUGGACAGCAAGGCCUACGCUGAGGGCUUCUUUGCCGACGAGGACUCCAGCGACUGCAGCGACCUCAGCCGGGCAUCCAGCCUGCGCUCGCAGCCCAACUACAGCUCGGACAGCUCGUCCAGCGCCUCGUGCUGCUCCCCCGAGCGCCCCCUGCCGGCCCAGCACAGCCGACCAGGCGUCCCGGGGGCCGAGGCCAAGCCCCCGCCCCCCCUGCCCCCGCCAGACAGUGCCGCGCUGCCCCCCAAGCCCUCCCACUAUGCCCAGCGCACAGGGAGCGCCACCAGUGCCAAGACCCAUGCCAGGGUGCUCAGCAUGGAUGGCAGCAGCCAGCUGGCCGAGGGGAAGCCUCCGGGUACCCUUGCCGUCUCCAAGUCGGACCUGGAGUCCCACGCGGGGAGACUGGCGGGAGAACAGGAGCUGGGCAGCACCGUGCGCAGCCAGUCGGCCAACCAGCCCGGCUGGCGGGGGGAAUCGCAGGCCGAGGGGGCCGUCGGAGGAGCUGCCCCCGGGGAGGAGCUGUCCAAGCCAGACCAGUCCAGCGGCGUGAAGCGUGUGCAGGCGAUGCGACGGAGGCACAACGCGGGCAGCAACCCGACCCCGCCCUCUUCCAUCAUGGGCUCCCCUCCGAGCUUGCAGGACCUCCAGCGGGGCCGAGCCUCCUCCCACUCCCGGGCGCUGACCCUGCCCUCGGCCCUUCAGUUUGCCAGCUCGCUGCUGCUGCCCCGUGGUGCCAUCCACGAAGCCUGCAACUUUGAUGACACCUCGGAAGGGGCGGUCCACUACUUCUACGACGAGAGCGGAGUCCGACGCUCCUACACUUUUGGGCUCGCAGGGGGUGGCUACGAGAACCCAGUGGGGCAGCAGGUUGGCAUGGAGCACGCCACCAACAGCGGCUGGGACAGACACUCGCAUUCCUCCAGUUUUAACUCCGCAGAAGUUCCCGAGGGCACCCCCGCCCUCUCCCUGCUGCAGCCCCGGCCUGUGGUCCUCCAGGGCAUGCAGGUGCGCAGGGUGCCACUGGAGAUCCCUGAGUUUGAUCUUCUGGACCAAGAAUCCCUACAUGAAUCGCAGGAGAACACCUUAAUGAUCGAGGACAAAUGUCACCCCCGACAAUACUACAAGUUUUGGCUUCUUCCUGGCCACUGGAUGCGUGUCCGCUACGACCGGUUGGCCCUGCUGGCUCUGUUGGACCGGAAUCGUCAGGUGGCAGAGAACGUGUUUGUGGUGUUCCUGGUGACCCUGGUGGCCUUCCUGGGCUACCUCCUCCUCCUCCAGGGCUUCUUCCAAGACAUUUGGGUCUUCCAGUUCUGCGUGGUCAUCGCCAGCUGCCAGUACUCUCUGCUCAAGAGUGUACAGCCAGAUGCUGCUUCUCCCAUGCACGGGCACAACUGGAUCAUUGCCUACAGCCGACCGGUUUACUUCUGCGUGGCCUGCCUUUUGAUUUGGCUGCUAGACCUCUGUGCUCAGUUGGGGCCCUCCCCUCCCAUCGUCCUCUACGACCUCACCCUCUUCUCCACGGGCUUCUUCUACUGUGCCCGGGAUGUGGCUAUCGUGUUCACCCUUUGCUUCCCAGUCAUCUUCCUCUUUGGACUUCUCCCACAAGUCAACACUUGCUUCAUGUACCUUCUGGAACAGGUGGAGAUGAACAUCUUCGGCGGGACAGCUGCCACCAGCCCGCUCACCGCCUUCUUCGCCCUCCUACGCAGCGUUCUUGUGGCCGGCCUCCUCUACGGGUUCUGCCUCGGAGCCAUCAAGGUUCCAUGGGGUGACCAGCAUGUGCCUGUGCUCUUUUCAGUCUUCUGCGGCGUCCUCGUGUCACUUUCCUAUCACCUGAGUCGUCAGAGCAGCGACCCCACCAUCCUCUGGUCUUUGAUCCGCACCAAGCUUUUCCCUGAGUUUGAAAACCGCAACGUGGAAAACCCCCCAGUUGGCGUGAAGGAUCCCCUGCCUGAGAAACUGCGGAAUUCCCUGCGUGAGAUCCUUCAUUCGGACCUCGUCAUGUGCUUCAUCAUUGCUGUCCUGACCUUUGCCAUCAGCGCCAGCACCGUCUUCAUUGCUCUUGAGUCUGUCCUCGGUUACGUGCUCUAUGCCCUGGCCGGCCUGGUAGGCUUCGUCACCCACUACCUCCUGCCCCAGCUCAGAAAGCAGCUGCCCUGGUUUUGCCUCUCGCAGCCUGUCCUGAAACCACGGGAAUACAGCCAGUUUGAAGUCCGCAGCGCUGCUGAGUUGAUGUGGUUUGAGAAGCUGUACGCCUGGCUGCAGUGCGUGGAGAAGUACGUCAUCUACCCAGCCGUGGUGCUGAACGCGCUCACAAUCGACGCCCACUGGGCCAGUGGCCCCCGGCAGGAGAAGCUCUGCAUCCCCUGCCGAGCUCUCCUCCUCACCGUCGCCGGCAUGAAGCUUCUGCGGAGUUCAUUCUGCUGCCCCCCACAACAGUAUGUCACCCUGGGCUUCACCGUCCUCUUCUUUCAGUUUGACUACAAGCAGUAUUCGGAGGGUUUUCUCACCGACUAUUUCAUCAUGUCGAUUCUCUUCAGCAAGCUGUGGGAUCUCUUGUACAAGCUCCGGUUUGUCCUGACCUACAUCGCCCCCUGGCAGAUCACCUGGGGCUCAGCUUUCCAUGCCUUUGCCCAGCCUUUCGCCGUGCCGCACUCAGCCAUGCUGUUCGUCCAAGCUGUCCUCUCUGCGCUGUUCUCCACGCCUCUCAACCCGUUGCUGGGCAGCGCCGUGUUCAUCAUGUCUUAUGCUCGCCCGGUCAAAUUUUGGGAGCGUGACUACAACACCAAACGAGUGGAUCAUUCUAACACUCGACUGGCUACACAGCUUGACCGCAACCCCGGUGCUGAUGACAAUAACCUGAACUCCAUCUUUUAUGAGCAUCUGACCCGCUCGCUGCAGCACACACUCUGCGGGGACCUGUUGUUGGGACGCUGGGGCAACUACACCACGGGAGACUGUUUCAUCCUGGCCUCGGACUACCUGAACAGCCUCGUCCACCUCAUCGAGAUCGGCAACGGCUUGGUCACCUUUCAGCUGCGAGGCCUUGAGUUCCGCGGGACGUAUUGUCAGCAGCGAGAGGUGGAGGCCAUCACAGAAGGCGUGGAGGAGGACGAAGCCUGCUGUUGCUGCGAACCGGGCCAUCUUCCCCGCAUGCUGAGCUUCAACGCAGCCUUUGGGCAGCGCUGGCUGGCUUGGGAGGUGGCGGCCACAAAGUACGUCCUGGAGGGUUACAGCAUCAGCGACAACAACGCCACCUCCAUGCUCCAGGUUUUUGACCUCAGGAAGAUCCUCAUCACUUACUACGUGAAGAGCAUAAUCUAUUACGUGACUUGCUCUCCCAAGCUGGAAGAGUGGAUAGGGAACGAGGGCAUCCAGGAAGCCCUGCGGCCUUGCACCUCCCUCAGCUACGCCGACAGCGACCCCACCUUCAACCUCAACAUCGACGAGGACUACGAUCACCGCAUGGCGGGCAUUUCGCUGGCGUCGUUCUGCAACAUCUACCUCGACUGGAUUCAGUACUGUGCUGGCCGCAGGGAGAAAGCGGUGGACCGGGAGUGGAAUUCCCGCCUGGUCACCCUGUGCUUCGGACUUUGCAUCUUGGGGCGCAGAGCCCUGGGAACCGCCUCCCACAGCAUGUCAGCCAGCCUGGAGCCCUUCCUGUAUGGUUUGCAUGCCCUGUUCAAGGGCGACUUCCGAAUCACGUCGCCCCGGGAUGAAUGGGUCUUUGCCGAUAUGGAUCUCUUGCACCAGGUGGUGGCUCCUGGCGUGCGCAUGUCUCUGAAGCUGCAUCAGGACCACUUCACCUCCCCGGAUGAAUACGACGACCCGGCGGCACUGUAUGACGCCAUCAAGUCAAAUAAGGAGAAAAUGGUGAUUUCCCACGAGGGGGACCCGGCUUGGCGCAGUGCCAUCCUCACCAACACGCCUGCCUUGCUGGCCCUUCGCCAUGUGAUGGACGAUGCCAGCGACGAGUACAAGAUCAUCAUGCUCAACAAGCGUUACCUCGGAUUUCGGGUGAUCAAGGUGAACCGGGAAUGUGUGCGAGGCUUGUGGGCAGGGCAGCAGCAAGAGCUGGUCUUCCUCCGGAACCGGAACCCUGAGCGCGGCAGCAUCCAGAAUGCCAAGCAGGCGCUGCGCAACAUGAUCAACUCCUCCUGCGACCAGCCCAUCGGUUACCCCAUCUACGUUUCCCCGCUGACCACAUCAUACGCCGGCAGCCACCCCCAGCUGUGCUCGCUCUGGGGCGGCCCCGUCAGCUUGCACAACAUCUCCACUUGGUUCAUCCGGAGCUGGGAGAGGUUGCAGAAGGGCUGUGGGGCCGGUUGCAACAGCGGGGGGAACAUCGAGGAUUCGGAUUGCGGCGGGGGCUCUUCUCUCAGCAAUAACCCCACCGGGCACGGCUCGCAGGGCCCCGGCAGCACGGCCCACAACGCCGGACCAGUGGGCGCAAACCCCACCGAGCCGGGGGCCCCGGCUGCCCAACCUCAGGCAGAAUCCGAUUCCAGCCUUCCUCCUCCGAGCCAGAGCUGGCUGGUCCAGCCCCAGCUGAGCCAGAGCGAUGGAUGUCCCCCAGCUACCCCAGCUGCAUCUUGGCCUCCAGGCCCACAUUUCCUGGGAAGCCAGCUUUCCUGCGCCAGCUCCUUGGCUUCUGUGGCUGAGGGGACAGGACGUACCCCUCUGCCUCUCCGCCCGAGCCUCGGGACUCUGUCUCCCUUUGUCUACGAGGGUCUCUGCGGGAAGUGGAGCCUGCCAAGUCGCAAAGGACUGAAUGGGUUGGGGGGCAGUGAGAGCGAAUUCCCGCCCGGAACACCCGCCUCACACUCAAGGGACAACUCUUCAAUAGCAUCUAAUGCUGUUUCCGCCUUGGGGACACUCAGCAUUGGAGGGAGCCCUAAACCUCAGCCUCCUGUCCCCGGACCAGUCCCCGAGGUGGCCGCGACCAGCCCCCCCAGCCCCCUGCCUCUGGAGCCAUCAGUCCCCCCUCAAGGAGACUCCGCCCUUCUCGAACCGGACCCUCUGGUGGCCGAAUGGGGGCGGCAGCAAGAAGAGGAAGACAGUCCCGCCGCCGGGCAGCCCCUUCUGGAUCAUCAGUACUGAAGGGCGGGGGGAGAUACCCUACAGAACUACGGGCUGGUCCCGUUGGACUCUUCCUGGCUUCCCCCUCCCAGCACAGCAGCUGCUCUGCUCCUUUUCAGCCCCGCCCAAGCCACCCGAUUCAUCUUUUUUUCCUGGAAGACCAAGGACAGCAAUACAGGCCUCGCCUGCGGUUUCUUCCAUUUGCACCUCCCCCCAACAAAAUCUUCCACUCGCCUGCAGGGGCAGGCUCCCCCCCCCUCCGCCACAAAUCACAAGGACCCGCCUUGCGCACUCUGUGUCGUUACUGGGUGAUGCUCAAGGCCCUUUUUUUUUUUCUGCUCUUCUUGUCCCUUGGGAUUAAUAAUAAUGAUAAUAAUUCUU